AUAUGAGUUAAGAAGAAGAAAAUAAUGACAUUGAUGUUUAAGCUUUGUUGGCUAGUAUUAACGCUAAUUUUGACAAUGAACAAACAAUAAAUGAAACAGAAAUCAAUGCUUAGGAAGUUCAUUAGGAUAUAGAAAAAUAGCAAUAGAUUCCUAGUGAAUCCAUUGUAAUUGUUAGAGAUCAACCUCAAUAAAAGGAAUAAGAAGAAAUAGAUCCUGUUGUAGAAAUAUUGAAUAGAGUUGAAAUUUAAAAUAGUCUAUUGACCAAUCCAGAAAUUAAUCAGCAUUAAUUAGGUAAUCUCUUUAUUUAUUAAAAGAGACUGGCCCACUAAAAUAAAUAAUUGAAUAAAUUAAGGAAAAAUUUGAUAAAUAACAAGAAAUCAUUGUUAAAAAAUAGAGAAAUAUAUUUGGUCAAAUAAUUGAUAUUAGAAAUUUAUCGAAUUAAUUAGUUAAUGUUCAAAUUAACAAUCAUGGAGUAAGUAAAAUGAAGCCGAAUGACUUCAAAAACAAGCAAAAAGAAAUCGAUUAGUUAGACAUUUAAGUCUUUAAAACUAAAGGAUAUGUCUUGUCAAUAAUUGAAAGAUUAGAAAUUAUUGAACAGAAAUUAGACUAAAAGAUAGAUUAGUAUGUUAAAUAGAAAGUGCAAGAACUAGCAAAAAAAUGA